AUGUCCUGCUACGACAUCUGCCGCCCCUGCGGACCCACCCCGCUGGCUAACAGCUGCAACGAGCCCUGUGUCAGGCAGUGCGAGGACUCCCACGUUGCCAUCCAGCCUCCCACUGUGCUGGUCACUCUGCCAGGACCCAUCCUCAGCUCCUUCCCACAGAACACCGCCGUUGGAUCCUCUGCAUCAGCUGCCGUGGGCAGCAACCUCAGCGCCCAGGGAGUGCCCAUCUCCGGGGGAUUUGGAGGCUAUGGCCUGGGAGGCUUUGGCUUCGGAGGCCUGGGCUGCUUCUCUGGCAGAAGAGCCUGCUACCCCUGCUAAGGACCCACGCCAACACCCCUGACAGCAGCUAACAAUGCCCUUUCAAGCCACUUCAUGGACUGAGGAUGCUCUGAUCUCUGGAUGCUCUGGGAAUAUCUUCUACACAAAUUGCAUAGCUGCUGAUGGUCACUCUGCUUGCAGCUCUGACCAGGGCCCUUCUGUUUGUGCUGCUGCCUUUUCACGAGUCUUCCUCA